AUGCUGGGCGUCGUGGAGCUGUUGCUGCUGGGAGCUGCGUGGCUGGCAGGCCCAGCCCGCGGGCAGAAUGAGACAGAGCCCAUCGUGCUGGAGGGCAAGUGCCUGGUGGUGUGUGACUCCAACCCCACGUCCGAUCCUACGGGCACAGCUCUGGGCAUCUCUGUGCGCUCUGGUAGUGCCAAGGUGGCUUUCUCGGCCAUCAGAAGCACCAACCACGAGCCGUCCGAGAUGAGUAAUCGCACCAUGAUCAUCUAUUUCGACCAGGUACUAGUGAACAUCGGGAACAACUUUGAUUCAGAACGCAGCACUUUCAUCGCCCCGCGCAAAGGGAUCUACAGUUUUAACUUCCACGUGGUAAAAGUCUACAACAGACAGACCAUCCAGGUGAGCCUCAUGCUAAACGGGUGGCCGGUGAUCUCAGCCUUCGCUGGUGACCAGGACGUGACACGGGAGGCUGCCAGCAACGGAGUCCUGAUCCAGAUGGAGAAAGGCGACCGAGCAUACCUCAAGCUGGAGCGGGGGAACUUGAUGGGGGGCUGGAAGUACUCAACCUUCUCUGGAUUCCUCGUGUUUCCCCUCUGAUCGGCUCAUAGCAGGAAUGGAGGCAGGAGGGGGAGUGAAAAAGAGGCUGAAAUUAAGAGGGCGAGGAAGUGGCGCCGCUGGAGACUUGCUACGUGCUCCGCCCGGUCCAAAGGUGCGCGCCGCCCGCGGCGGUGGGACAACUUUGUCCGUUUCCUCAUUAGGAGAAGUAAAUUCUGCUUAGCUCUGCGCACUCCCAUUUCCAAAAAUAAACUCGCCUCCCCCAAGUCACUUGCAGUAAUCCAGGAAGAGACUGCCUUGUCAUUGUUCCUUGCCCCACGUUCAUGUUCCCAACAAUCUAACUCUGUAAUGUGAAAUGUUUUAUCCUGAUUCCUCUCCGAAUCCUUCCACUUACUGAAACUGAAAAUUUGUUCUUUCCUCCCAUCCUCCACCACCCCCAGGUUGGAGGGCGGGCGGGAUAGAGUUUUGUUUUCAGGUUUUGUUUUUGAAGGGGGCAGGUCGUUUUCUUGUAACAGGGGUUGCUCUCCAAACACCACUCACAAGUUAAUCAGCUGAGGACGGCUCUGUCCUCUGCUGCUUGUUAGUGAAGAAAGGACUCGCCUCCGUGGUGACUGGUUUAAACUAUACAUAAAUAUAUAUCAUUUGUACACGGAGAGCUAACUCUUCCCAGUGGACGCUGGCUGUGUUCCGUUUUUCUGUCCUGUUCGGAGUGGUCGUGAAACCCAAGGCUGCUUGCAGUUCUGAUGCUUGUCGACGCCCCGUGUUCUGUGGCUCCACUAUCCGUCAAGGAGGUUCUUCCGGACGCUUCCUCUUCCUCUGUAACAUACCUGUGAAUAGCCAAGAUUUCAUUUUGCUUUAAUUCAAUAAAUUCAAAGUGGGACUUUUAUUUUUCUGAAACCGCUUUUUAAACUGCACAUUUCCCCAGCUGUGAGGUUCGGGGCUGGGGGUGCCCAAGGUCACUGGGAGAAGCAGGAGACGCGGAAGAAGCAAGCAGAGACAAGGCCGCGCUGCGCAGGGGCCUCUCUUAUGUUCUUUUCCUCCACCUCCCUCCCCCGCCUUUAACAAAGCCCUCCCAGAGCUUGCUCUCCCGAAACAGUCCUGGGACCCUCGCUGCCUUCUAGUACCAUCUUGAUUUGGUUUAACUAAGAAACCUGAUCCAAAUCCCGCCAGGCGGGGCUGCUAGACUGGGGACGAAGUUUUUUUUUUUUUUUAAUUUCUUCUUCUUAAAAGAAUUCCAAAUACAUCCAAAUCUAGGACCUCACACAACGUGCCCUGAGUGGCAGCUUCCCCAAGCUUGGAUGUCCCCAGCUUUAUAAUCUGCUCUGCAUCUACCGAAACAGCAUUUUCUACCAGCGCCUCUAAACGCGGAGCCCACCCGCCGAACACACCCCAGUCCAGGCGCCCCAAGACCUGGGACUGCGCGCUUGCGUAGGACUUCCAAGAGGUUCGUCCAGGAGUUUUGAUUGUAUCGGAACAAAAUGUGAAAACAGAAAAGAAAUAAACGACUUCGUUUUAAGUCUGGAA